AUGGCGAUCGACAUCAAGACGAAACCGUCCCUGGACGUGUUCAAGCAGAGCUUUCGCGAGUAUUUGCGUGAGACUGAUGCAGUAAAGAACGAGACGGAACUCGAGCAGCUCAUGCAGCUGUUACACGAGCCUCUACCUAUCUCAUUUCGUCUCAAUUUACAUCGUCCUGACGUUGCAAAACUCAAGACAUUACUGGCCACGAAACUUCAAUUUCCAAGUGACAAGUAUUUUCAUGGCAAAAUUCCUGUAAACCCGCCCAAGCCCAUUACGUGGUAUCCGUUCAAGAACGUGGCAUGGCAAAUGGACUGUGGACGUGUUGCGCUCUCAAAAAGUGCACCGAAAAACGAGGACGUGCGUACAUUCCACUCGUGUUUGCUGGAGCAGACAGAUCGUGGAAAUAUUGACCGUCAAGAGGCGGUGAGCAUGCUGCCUGUACUUUUCCUGGAUGUGCAUCGAGGUCACCAUGUGUUAGACAUGUGUGCUUCUCCGGGCUCAAAGACGACCCAGGUUCUCGACUUCAUAUUAUCAUCGGAAAACAGUUGUAGUGAAAAGCAGAGUGGUCUGGUGGUUGCCAAUGACCUUGACAAGAAACGCGCGUAUAUGCUGGUGCACCGCCUUUCGAGGAACACACUACGUCGCGCUGUGGUGACUUGUGGUGCGGGUGACACAUUCCCGGGGCUUUACGAUGCUCAAUCAAAGACGCUGCAAUCUACGAAUGUGUUCGAUCGUGUAUUGUGUGACGUCCCUUGCAGUGGUGACGGCACGCUACGCAAAAAUCAGGCUUUGUGGAAGGACUGGCACAUUGGUCAAGGUCUCACGCUGCACCCGAUUCAGCUAGCGUUGGCCCUUCGCGGCGCAGCGCUGCUCAAGGUUGGUGGCAUCAUGGUCUACUCAACGUGUUCGUUUAAUCCAUUAGAAAAUGAGGCUAUUGUAGCGGAACUGCUACGUCGUGCUGGGGGAUCGCUGGUGCUGCUGGAUGUUUCAAAAACGAUGCCGGAGCUUGUCACCCGUCCUGGUCGGUCAAAGUGGCGUGUGGGUUGGCGCUCAAAGUCCAAGUCUACUCACAAGGGCCACCUGUUCAAGAGCGACGACGGUGACAAGAACGGCAAAACUCAAAACUUGCACCAGUGGUUUGACAGCUACGACGCCAUGGUGCAAGAUCUCCGCGGUACGCGAGUGACACGAUCAAUGUUCCCGUCUGAAGGCAGUAUUGGUCAGGAGCUGCACAAGACAUUACGCCUGAUCCCGACUGACCAGAACUCGGGUGGUUUUUUUAUCGCUGUGCUACACAAGACGGCAGAUUUGCCCGGCGAAGAGGGCCGCCAGGAAGGCCUUGCCCCAUUAGAAGAAUUGCAGUCAACACCACCCGCUGACUAUGUUUGCAAGCUGUGUGGCAAAAGAGGGCAUUUUCUGAAAAACUGUGAAAAGUUUGUAUCCGAUACGGAAUUUGUUGCGUCGAGCUCGUUUCUGAAGCCACAGAAGAAGCGCCGUACUGAUGAGUCGGCAGACACAGCAAGUGUUGCAAAGAAAAAGAUUGCAAAGAAGCGCGAGACGGGUUAUCGCGCUGUUGGAGACGAUGUAUGGCAGCAAUUACGAAAUUUCUAUGGCUUAGAGGAUGCAACCUUGAGGGAGCGCUUCUGGUGCCGCUCUGACACAGCUGCGACCGUAAAUUAUGUGGACAAGGAAAUCUCUGACGCCUGCUUGGGUGGUGAUGCCUUAGAUAUCGUCAACACGGGUCUAAAGGUAUUCACCAAAGUUACUGAGCGUGGAGAGGUUUUCUACCGUCCCUCGGAGGAGAGUCUUGGCUUCUUCGACAACUUCUUUACCAAGCGGCGACUAGACAUCCCUAUUGACGACUUUUCCAGUAUUCUCGAAAAUGCAGAGCAGCAUGUGACUUUCAGUUCGCUGUCGUUAGAUCUGCAAAAGUCACUGGAUGAUAUGCCGGUGGGUCCUGCGGUUGUCCGAGUUCACAAUCACGAGCAAGUCCGAAUGAACAUUUGGAUCGGUAAGGGAUCGAUUUUGCCACGCGUGUCCAAAGCCAUGCGCGGAGAGGUCGAAGAUGCGCUCAAACAGUGCACGGAAAGCUAA